AUGGCCUCUGCUGCCCCUACCACCCCCAACUACAAGGCUCAUUCUGCCGAAGUCCUCAGAGUUCACAACAAGUAUCGUGCAAAGCACGGCGUUCCUGACCUCAAGUGGAGCACAACAUUGGCCAAGUAUGCCCAAGAAUGGUCCAGCAAGUGCGAGUUCCAACACAGCCAGGGAGCAUAUGGUGAGAACCUCGCUAUGGGUUACUCCAGCUUCACCAAGGCUAUCAAUGGCUGGUACGGUGAGGUUUCUUCGUACGAUUUCAAGAAGCCUGGCUUCGGUGGCACCACUGGUCACUUUACUCAGGUUGUCUGGAAGGCCACCACUGAAGUUGGUUGUGGUGUGACUACAUGUGCCAACUACGGAAAUGCCAGACUUUACACUUGCUCUUACCGUCAACCCGGAAACAUGGUCGGCAACAACAACCUCUACUUCACCCAGAAUGUCCUUCCUCUUGUCACCAAAUAG